GCUACCACUUGUGCGGCUCGCCCAGGCCAGGCUCCUGUUGGCCGGCGCCACGCACUGGCCGACCCGGCCAAGGACAGUCCGGAAGGAGGCGCCGGUGGGGCGGGAGCCCCAUAAGUGGAUUUCAGGCCGCCACCCGCGCUGGCACUGGGCACAGAGGGCAGCGCGCAGUGCGCUCCGUGCUGGGGCACCUCACCGGGUUUGUCUCGGUAUCUGCCAUUCUGUCCCAGCCUGGAAAACCGAGCGCCUUCCAGGCCCUUCGGAAGAUGGAUUCUGUUGACGUAUCUGGCGGCCUUGGCGAGCAGGGUGGAAAGUUGGGUUUUGCCAGAUCGUUCUGGGAUCCUCUUUGUGCCGCUCAGCAAGUCCCGCAUCCCGCUGGAGCAGGGCCACGUGGCACCAGAGCCAAGUGAUGGAUGACCUGCAGUCUCAGAACCUUUCCAUGGACAUGACUGACUCCCCUCCCACUUUGGCCAAUAACAGACUGGAGAAUGGCAUGGCCCAGCUGAUAACUACUGAGGCCUGGAACAUCAACUCCACUGACCUGGUAAAGAAGGCCCUUGUAACCGUGCCGGCCCCAUCCAUUCUGAACCCCCCAGCUGAGUCCCAGAGUGGCAUGGCUCUGAAGGUUGCGGCCACCGUGCUGCAGCCCCUGUGCCUUGGGGAAAGCCCGGUGGUGAUGCCCAUUCACAUGCAGGUGGAGGGAAGCUCCGCGCCAGAGCUUAACCCCAACGGCAAUGCUACCUAUGUUAUGACGACACAAGGCCCUGUGCAGCUGCCGGUGGUAUUGGAGCAGCAUGUUUUCCAGCACCUCAACUCCCCUCUGGUCCUGCCACCGGAGGCCCCCUGCUCCUCUAAUGCUAUCCACAACAACCUCUUCCAGGGGCCUGAGGACUCUGAGGCCCAGCCUCAGCUCCUGGACCUGAGGAUCCCAAGCCAGCCACAGGAGCCCACAUUGCCAUUUGAAGCUGUACUUCAGAAUUUAUUUCCUACCCAAGGAUCUCUGGGUCCUCCACCCUGCCAGCCUCCUCCUGCCUAUGCUCCAGUGCCUCCCCAGCCCUUUAACUCUCCCUUGUCCCCUCUAGUCCCACCAGCUACCCUCUUGGUGCCCUAUCCUGUGAUCGUCCCCUUGCCAGUGCCAGUGCCCAUCCCCAUCCCUGUCCCAGUGCCUCAGAGUUCGGAAUCCAAGCUGAGCCCCGGUUUCCCCAAGCCACCAUCUUCCUUCAGCCUGCACUCCUUUAAAGGCACUCAGAGCACUCUGGAAAAGGACGGACUGAAGCCCUUAGACAUCCUCCCGCCAAAGGAGUAUUUCCAGCUUAGCCGCCACACAGUCAUCAAAAUGGGGAGUGAAAAUGAGGCCCUGGAUCUCUCCAUGAAAUCAAUGCCCUGGCUCAAAGCUGGCGAAGCUAGCCCCCCGCUCUUCCAAGAGGAUGCAGCCCUAGACCUGUCUCUGGCAGCCCACCGAAAAGCUGAGGCUCCCCCAGAGACACUGUAUGACAGCAGUGGGUCAGCAGAUAGCCAGGGUCACACUGUGCUGGAGAAACUUCCCAGUGGUAUGGAAAUGUCCUUUGCCCCGGCCAAGUCUCGCGAGGCCUCGGCCAUGAUGGAUAGCCACAUCAGUGGCAACCAUGGCACAGAGAUGGUCAGCCAGCCAAGCCACCCCAGCAGUGAAAUGAAGGCUGAAAAUAACAUUGAGAUUGUGAGUGAGUCCCAGGCAGCUAAGGUCAUUGUCUCAGUUGAAGACGCCGUGCCUACCAUCUUCUGUGGCAAGAUUAAAGGCCUCUCAGGGGUGUCCACCAAAAACUUCUCCUUCAAAAGAGAAGACUCUGUGCUUCAGGGUUAUGACAUCAACAGCCAAGGAGAAGACUCCCUGGGAAAUGCUGAGCCCCAUAGGAAACCCAUCAAAAACCGGAGCAUAAAGUUAAAGAAAGUGAACUCCCAGGAAAUACACAUGCUCCCAAUUAAAAAACAACGGCUGGCCACCUUCUUCCCACGAAAGUAAAUAAGGACUUUAAAACAUUUUUAUGAUUAUGACAUGGGGAAAGGUGCACUGGUUUUUUAAAAAAGGCAUCUAAAACAAAUUAUCUUUGUUAAUUAUUUUGGGGCAUAAGUGGGAGGCAGAAAGGCAAAUUAGCUAGUAUCAUUUUCUUUUUUAAUUUUUGAAUUUUCACAAAUGAGUAAAUAAGAGCAACCUAUUUUUCAAGCAGAUUGCACAUUUUUUUGCAGCUUUAAUGGAAUAUUGGGUGAAUCAGAGGGGUAAAAGCUAUUUUCAUUGCCACAAAGUGCUUUGAUGAUGUAAUACCUAAUAAAGGGUAGGAUGAAUAUUUCACAAUAAAUGUUUGUUUGCACUAAUUAGUUGCAGUAUUCU